CGCGGACCCCACACUAGCAACUCCCCAGAGUGCUUUUGCCAGGGACGAACUGGAAUUUGGAUCCGAGGCUUGUAGGACGCAGCAGCCGAGUUCUAGGGAAAACAAAAGUCUGAAGAUGAAUUUCCCACGUGCGCUUGCUGGUUUCUCGAGCUGGCUCUUCAAACCUGAACUUGCCGAGGACUCUCCGGAUAAUGACGAGAACACUGUUAACCCAUGGCGAGAGCUGCUGCAGAAGAUAAAUGUGGCCGAUCUCCCCGAUUCAUCCUUUUCGAGCGGUAAGGAAGUUAAUGACUCUGUGUACGAUACUUUUGAACAUUUCUGCAAGAUUAGGGACUAUGACGCAGUUGGCGAGCUGCUUCUGGCAUUUCUGGAUAAAGUAACAAAGGAAAGGGACCAAUUCAGAGAUGAAAUUUCCCAGCUCCGAAUGCACAUAAAUGAUCUAAAGGCUUCUAAGUGUGUCCUGGGGGAGACUCUUCUCUCCUACCGCCACAGGAUUGAAGUUGGGGAAAAACAGACUGAAGCCCUCAUUGUGAGGUUAGCUGAUGUGCAAUCCCAGGUCAUGUGUCAGCCUGCCCGGAAAGUGUCUGCAGAUAAGAUUUUAGAGCCAGAGGUGGGCUACCUUCCUAUGAUACCCCUGAUGCGACACAAACCUGAGAAGAUUAUUGCCACUGGUUGGUUGCAAACAGGAACUAGAUUAUAAGAUCCCAACGCUGACGACAUCACAGUGCCUUGAACCUAGGACGCAGGGGAGUAAGGCAUGGACUGUGCUGAAUGAAGGCUUCCUGCUGGCUGGCAUUCCUAGUGCUAGAAAGUGCCGUGCAGACUACUGCUGUCCUUGUUUCCACUCAGCUAUGGACUCUAAAUGUUAAUGUCAUCAGCACUACAGGCAGCUGUAGGGGGUUGGGUUGGUCUGGUGCUGGCUGCUUGUAGUCAAAAGCUAAAUUCUAUUUCCCAAGAUCCGAUUGCUCCAAGGUGAGCCGAUCCUCAGGUACUCCAGCCUUUCUUAUAAACCUUACUCCCCAGUUUGAAACUAUCGGUUAAAUAAAACUGGUGAUAACCAAUU